AUGGGCGAAGAUUUAACAUUAAACGAAUAUGAAAAACAACGACUUGAAAAUAUUCGUCGAAAUGAAGAAAUUCUUAGACAACUAAACAUUCCGGAACUUGCUCAUAAAAAACCAACUCAACCCACACGUCAAUCUUUACGUAUACGCGGUUUUACACCUGAUGGAAUUGAGGCUAAAAGGAAAGCUGAACAAGAUGAAAAAAGACUAGAAGGAGAAAAACGCGUUAGAAUGAUGGGUGAUCUUGAUUUAAAUUCUAUUCGAUCAGAUAUGACGUCUAUUGAUGAUACCAAUGAUUUUGUUGAUAUUUUAUCAAAUUUAACAAAAUCCAACUUGAGUGAAGAUCGUAAAAGUAUUUCAGAUGAUAUUGAUUAUAGUUGUAUUGCGGGAGGAGUGGAUGGUUUUAAAGCAGUUCGAAUGGCUUGUAGAUCUCUUGCUAUUGGAGAGAAAUGGUCAUCAGUUAAAGUUACCCCGGAGAGAAUAUAUUGUAUUGCUAUUCAUCCUGCUAAGGAGAAAGUUCUGGUUGCUGCUGGCGAUAAAACUGGAUGGCUUGGAUUUUGGGACGUUAAAGAAAGUAUUAAAUCCGAAGAUGAAGAUGAAGAAGAUCAACCAAGAACCUAUUUGUUUCAAGCUCACACAAAAACCAUAACAUCUACAAUGUAUUCACCUACUAAUUCUAAUAAUCUUUACAC